AUGGCGUGCGAACCUCCCCCAAAACGAUCGAAGAAAGAGGUCACUGAACAUGGCGGCGACAUAUUGGAAUCGUACAUGGCGAAACGUAAAGAAGUUUGCAAAUCGGUGACGGAUUUUAAGUUCAAUAAGAAAAGAGUCCGUCUCAUUUCAUCUGAUGCUGAUAUCCCAGAGAAUUGCAAGGGAAUCGCUUACUGGAUGUGGAGGGAACAACGAGUUCAAGGUUGGUUAAAGCAUGCAUGUUGUAGUCUGUGUAAUUUAAGCUUAUAGAUGGUUUUCAAAUUGCGAGGUUUUACGAAUUCUUAUUUUCACUAGGUUGAAGACAAGCAAAAAAUAAAUCUUUGUACAAGUUUUCAUUCCAGUAGCAUGUUUCAUUUCGAAAAUACAGCAAUUUGAACUUCCGAGUUUUCACAGUGCGUGAAACCAAAAUAGGAAUGCUGUCUCGUUGAAAAAAAGUCUCUCCUUUUGAUUUUCAGCAUAACCAUUUCCAGUAUUAGAAGAUAUGUCUAUGCGUACGUAUGCUAGUUCUGGAGUGAAAAGAAAGAGCUUUUAUAGAAAAAGUGAACUCCAGAUGUUUUUGUUGAUUUCCGGCGGCCAUAUUGGUGCACCAAAACGGUACACCAGUAUGGCGUCUCCAUACAAAGCUUUACAAAAGUGCGCGAAACGUGUAACUCAGAAACUGUGGGCCACAAAGACCUGAGACUUGAACAAAUUGCUUAUAUAUUAGUCUUUUAUAACAUUUCAUUUUCUUGGCUUCUUCCACGUGACGGUUUCCAAUUUAUUUUUUUGUUGCGUGACAGUGAAAACGAUCCGUAUCUCUUUUAUUAACGCUCGCUACAAACGUUUUGCCCUCACGUCAAAAAUAAGUAAUUUUGUUAAAAAACCGAAAUAGAUGCCAUCAUGUAAGAGUAUUGCUGAAGAGGUUUUAUCUGAAUGGUCACAGCAUGAGGUUUGAUCGUUAGAUUUUCGUUGGUUGUUUUUUUUACUACCAAAAUUGGCAAAAUUGAAACAUGAACACUCAAAAUUGGAAGAAAAGUGCAAGAUUGUAAGAAUUAAAAACUGUGACCAGUUGCACAAAACCUACCUUUAGACUUUGGCAUGAAAUUGCACCCAAGCCCAGUGGUAGCGGGGGGGGGGGGGGUUGUUACUUCAUACAUGUUGUAAUAGGUUAAUGGGGACGUGCUGCUGGAUGGGGUCGCAUUUUCAUGACUUGACUGACCCUAAUGGGAUUGACUUUAAUGGGAUUGACUAUAACAGGGUUGACUGUAAUGGGAUUGACUAUGGAAUUGACUUUAAUGAUUUUAAUUGAGUUGUUAGAAUUGGUUCCCACAUUUUUGGGAUUGUGGGAUAAAAAUAUCUGCUAAGUAGGGAUUUAAAAAUGGGUAAAUUUGCAGUAAAAAGUUGGCUUUAUAAGGUAGAUGUAUAAUUUACAGAAAGUGACUAAGCUGGGAUUUCAAAAAAUAAUUACAUUUCCCUAAAAGUGGCUAAGAUGGGGUAUAUAAUCGGCCACAGAAUAGACUAUAAUGGGGUAGGAGUUCUUAGAGACCAGCGGCACAUACCCAGGAAAAUUUGACCCAGCAUGCAAAUUAACUAGCCCUUCCAACUCUUGAACUAAAUUUGUCAUUACAGCAAAGUGAAAUUAGUAAUGAUUUACCUAUUCCCUUACCAUGUAAGCUCUCAUCAACACUCAAUAUUCUUUACAAUUUUUUUGGUUUAGAUAACUGGGCACUGUUAUAUGCCCAGCGAAUGGCUCUUAAACAAGAAGUUCCUCUCUUUGUAUGCUUCUGUUUACCAAGCAAAUUCCUCAAUACCACCUACAGGCAGUACAGUUUUAUGAUCAAAGGUCUCCAAGAAGUUGAAAAGGUACAAUAUUAUAAAAUUGUUAUGUGUUGUGCAGUUGAAAUUUUUUUGAUUUGAAAAUUUUGAAGCCAGUUUCAGGGCUCAAAGAAAAAUCGAAUUCCAUCAUGUCCUUUGGGCAGGCAGUUCUCACAUUUUACUUGUCCUGGGCCACUCCUUGCUCAUCUUAGUUAAUGAUUUUGUUAGAGGAAAACUUGCCUGGCCCCUUAAACCUUUAAGCCCUAAGAGUGAUCAGCAUCAAAUUUCUCCCUGUAAUAUCAAUGAUUUGUAAAACAGAAUGGUCAUGAGAAUUACGGACGUGAUCUCACAAGAUGAAUUUGCUUGAUAGUUUAUGAACCUCUCCCCACUACUUCUGUAGGAAAUGAAUAGGGGCAGCUAACAAGAAUUCAAAUUUUGAUCUUCGGUUUUAAAGGGUUACCCCACUGGGCAACUUGCCCAGCGAGAAAUCUACUCCUCCGAGACUACAGGAUGAUAAUGUUUUCGUGCUCUGCAGUUGAUUUGAGUUUUCACACAUGUGAUCUCCUGCUUUGGUGACCAGUGCCCUAUAGAACUAACCCUACUGUGGUUAUUUAUUUCAGGAACUGACUACACUGAACAUUAAUUUCCAUUUGCUUCUUGGUGAACCAGACAAAGUGCUUCCUGAGUUUGUGAAGUCACAUAAUCUUGGUGGAUUAAUAGCUGAUUUUACACCACUGAGAAAACCAUUAAAGUGGCUGAAAGAUGUUACAGCAAAACUUCCAAAAAAAUUUCCCUGUUUGUCAGGUCAGCAACUUGAUGUCAUUUUUGCUAUUUUACUUUGUCUCAUUUCAAGUAUUCAUUUUCUUGUGAUUUACCUGUAGUGAAUGAACAAUGAAGAGGAAAGCAAGAGACGUUUCUAGCCUGACACAGACCAUCUCUGUUCUGUUUCUUAUUCAGUUAACUGACUUCACUUUGGUUUGAAGUAUUCCCUUUAAAUAACAAUUGCAUGCUUUUAAUGGCAGGCAAUUCUAAUACAUGUGACAGUGUACACGUAUGGUAAUAAAUUAUAUAAUAUUUGUGGUUUCAGUGUGGUAUCUGCUGCCAGGAUGCACUGCAAACAAUUGUACUUAAAGGAUUUAAAGAGGCGGCAUGAGUCAAAGAGAUGUAACCAACUAAAUUAACUAAAUCAUUUGUGAUUCCAUCUUUGUAGGUUGAUGGUCACAACAUUGUUCCAUGUUGGCAAGCUUCUCCAAAGUUAGAGUAUGGUGCGCGAACUAUUAGACCUAAAAUCCACAACCAGUUGAAAGGCUUUCUUACAGAAUUUCCACCAGUAAUUAAGCAUCCUCAUACUGCUUCAGACAAAACUAAAAAGGUGAAUAUUUUAAUUAAAUAUCCUUUAAUGAACUCUUUUGACUGGUGGAUGGUUUUGCAUCUCAGUUCUAGGCAGUUUUUCCAAACAGAAAACACUUCCGGAAAGUGAUGGGCAGAAUUUUGACACAGGGAAGCACUUGAAACUAAGGGUAAGGGGACCAAGAGAGAAGCCCUUCUUUGGGGAGACAAGAUCGAGUGGUACAGGGAGUAGCCUUCCUGGUCAAAAGUCCUGAUCAGUCUCUGGGGGGUGAGGCCCAUAUUCCCUUGUCACUAGGAACUAAAGGGAGCCAGGAGCGGGGGGCCAUCCCGGGUGAGAAAAGAUGAAAAUUGUGGUACCAGGGAUAGUCAUGAGGGUCAAGAGUCCUGAUCAGUCUCCAGGGUUGAGGCCCUCCUGAUCAAGCCUGAAUUUUUUAAGGUUCUUUUUCUACUGCUUUAGGUUGCUCAUCCUACUGUAAAGGUCAUGUUCACUUUCACAGUAUAGCACCAUAUGUACCGAAGGACUCCCAGCUCUCUUGCCAGGAAUUUUAGACAUCAAAAUAUACCGUAUUUAUUCGACUAUAAGCCGAGCGAUUUUUACACAAAUCAAAACUGAAUUGAAUUAAAAUUUGGGCUCUAGAGGGGUCUCGGCUUAUAGCCGAAAGUUUUUUGAAAAAAAAUUUUUUCCCGGCGCAUGGAAACUCUACUAAAUCGAGAUGUAUUUACGUAUAAGCCAAGCUAAAGUAAAGAAACACAAUAUGCAAUCGUUGGUUCCGAAAAUGUUAGGUUUUCCGUAGUUAACAAUUCAGUCUUGUAAUAAUGAAUGGGUCUCGCUUAUAGCCGGGUGUUUUCGAUUUAUUUUUGGUUCUCGUUAUGCCAAGUCUACACGUUCAAAGUUUGGGGUCUCGGCUUAUAGCCAAGAUCGGCUUAUAGUCGAAUAAAUACGGUAAUUUUUAUAGUGUAAACUGUGAUGAUGUUCAUUUUAUGACACUAUUAUUAAUAUUUAUUGUUUAAUAAACCAGACUGACUGGAAAGCAGUUGAUAAAUUCAUUGAAGUUGAUCGUGAUGUUAAGGAAGUGGACUGGGCUCAACCUGGGACCAAGGCAGGGCUGGAAAUGUUGGAAUCAUUCUGCAAUGAAAGACUGAAGUAUUUUGCUGAUGACAGAAACAAUCCAACAAAGAAAGCUUUGAGCGACUUAUCACCUUGGUUUCAUGCAGGUAUUGCUACUGUUUCAUAGUGGUAUUAGAGGAUUUAUCCUGUAAAUCCAGUUAAAAUCCCCCCUGACACCCCUGGAUGGCAAGAAUCCAACAACAAAAAUGUUUACAUGGUGUGUCACCUUGUUUUCAUGCAGGUAUUGCUAUUUUUUUAUAUUAAUAUUAGGAUUUAUAUCCUGCAUUGUGGCAAUAGCAUAUUCCAGGAAAAAGAAAACUCUCUUCCCCCACCCCAUCUCAGGAUGGCAAAGUUCUUUUUAUCCCCUCUCUCCUGGCCACACCCUUUUUAGCGGCCAGGCACCAGUCAGUCCCUUCUGACAAAUUGCGAGUAAAGUCAGUGUGGAGGGAAAAGCCUUAAGCGACUUUUGAAGGACUACUAAAUUCUCCUUCCAACUAGGCCAUUUUUGAGUUCCCCCGGGCCUCUGUAUCAAAAUGAGGUUAAGUGCUCAGCCUUUGAUAUAGAAAUGCUUUUUCAUUCUCAUGCAAAUAAAACUCAUUGUCACAAGAAAGGUUGUGCACUUGGCCUCAAUUUGAAAGUGAGGGUUUUUUGGAACUCAGAAGUGGUCUAGUGUGUUGCAUUUGCUUGUGAAACGUAAGGAGAAUUUAACAUAACAUUAAAAGUAACAAUGCCUUGUUCCAUGCGUCACUGUUAGAGUUAUAGGACCAAGACUUACUCCUGUUUUGGACAAGGACAAUGUCAGACUGUGUGACAUAAGGAGUUGGGCUUUUUAUCUUCUGCACCAUAAUUUGAUACAUUCAUGAUUUUUUAAUUAAUGGAAUGUGUAGUUUGUUGAUUUGAAUUAAUUGAAAACAAACAAACAAACAAACAAAAAACAAGCAUUUCUUUUAACUUCUUAAAGAUGCCAUGUUGCUGUUCAGGCCAGGCCUGAAGUUUUAAAACAGCAGUAGCAAAUGAAGAUUCACCCGUAACAUCUCUCAAAAAUUUAUAGUGCCACCAUUAGCUUUCCACUUUGAUCACCCGUGACAUCAAGUGAGCUCAGCCGUAACAGGUGUUAUGGGUUAUGGCCCUUAAUGACAGCUCUGCAGGCAUUACUUCACAGUACAAGACCCACUCCACAGAUGGGUGGGGCAGGAACUCUCCAUGAUAGCCUAUUAUGAGGAGGGUUUUCCUGAAAGGGGUACCUUUUUCAGCUUCCAACUUGUAUUUUCAUAGGUCAAAUGAGUGUUCAAAGAGCCAUUCUCCAAGUGCGAGAGUUCCGCAGCAGGGCUAAAGACUCUGUUGAAGCUUUUAUUGAAGAGGCUGUGAUAAGAAGAGAACUGGCAGACAACUUUUGCUUCUACAAUCAGGAAAACUACGACUCCAUUAGGGGUGCCUAUGAGUGGGCGCAGAAAAAACUUUACAAGAUCAUGCACAGGACAAGAGGGAAUAUCUUUGCACGAGAGAACAGCUGGAACAAGGCAGUAGCCAUGAUGACCUGUGGAACGCUGCCCAG